ACACAUAAAUUUAAGAUUAUGGCGGGUCAGAAAAAUCCAAAAAUCUGGUGGAUGUCCCAAAAAUAUUCCUUGUCAUGGAUAUUAGCUAAAACAUUAAAGUAUAAACAAGAUUUUGCGUCGUCUUCGACAUUGACAGGUAUUGUUGAAGUGAAUUUUGUGGGAACCAUUGGCAAGUCGAAACGACGUGAUUUAGUAAUUGACCUGAUGUUUCAGUCACUGACGUUGGCUGUACACCGAGAAACAAAAUUUUAUAAGUUGGUUUCUUCAGACUACGCAUACAGCUUUUGGCAAACUAAUUUAAAUACAGUCCGAAUUAGAUUUAUUGAGACAAAAGAUGGUGAGAAUGCCGAGGUUAAGACCGAAAAUUGCAAAUUAAAACAGGCAUUCUUUCAAAUUAGAGAGUUACAAAGAAAAUACAAGCCAGCACAACUACACCCAAAUGAUUCAAUAAUGCAAGUAACUUCAAAAUCAUCUGUUCCAUUACCUGUUGAGGAUCACUCGAUCACAGAUGAAGAGACCAUAUAA